GUUCUGCCGCCAUCGCCUCUGAUCUACCGCCUAGAGAGACACCAGAGAACCCACCAUGGCCCCCUUUGCGCCCCUGUCCUCUGGCCUCCUGUUGCUGCUGUGGCUGGUAGCCCCCAGCAGGGCCUGCUCCUGCGCCCCACCCCACCCACAGAUGUCCUUCUGCAGCUCUGACGUCGUCAUCAGGGCCAAGUUUGUGGGGAGCGAAAUCAACCAGACCACCUUACUACAGCGUUAUGAGAUCAAGAUGAUCAAGAUGUUCAAAGGGUUCGACGCCUUGGGAGAGACCGCUGACAUCCGGUUUGUCUACACCCCCGCCAUGGAGAGCGUCUGCGGAUACGUCCACAGAUCCCAGAACCGCAGCGAGGAGUUUCUCAUCGCUGGAAAACUGCAGAACGGGCACUUGCACAUCACCACGUGCAGUUUUGUGGAGCCCUGGAACAGUCUGAGCUUUGCUCAGCGCCGGGGCUUCAUCAAGGCCUACGCUGCUGGCUGCAAGGAAUGCACAGUGUUUCCCUGCUCAUCCAUCCCCUGUGUACUGGAGAAUAACACUCAUUGCUUGUGGACUGACCAGCUCCUCCAGGGCUCUGAGAAGGGCUUCCAGAGCCGCCACCUUGCCUGCCUGCCAGAGAAGCCAGGGAUGUGCACCUGGAAGUCCCUGCGGUACCAGGGGGCCUAAAUCCUGCCCCAUGCCCCCCUUGGAAGCUGAAGCCUGCAUAGCAUUUGGUCCCUUCCCGCUCCCGUCUUUCUUUCUCCCAGAUGACAAAAUAAAGAACUACCACCCAGCA